AUGCAUUGCGUGGGGGUGGGGGACGGGACAAGUGGGGAAGACGGACGUCGUCAGGGUGAGGCAACCGGCGUGGAGGGCCCGGGGUCAGAUGACGGCAUGUCGCAGAGGGAAGAGGAGUUUGCAGAGGUGAGUCCCUCGCUUGCAUGCUCGCAGGUUCCAGCUGGGCUCCACACAGAGUGUGUGGAGGCUGUGCGGCAAGGAGCCAGUCCGACAGCGUCUUUUAUUGGCAAUGCCGCAUCGCCGGAUGGUACAGCUGGCGCUGCCGAUUGCGAUCGAGGCGGAGACUCUGCGUGCGAAGAAUUCCAGGUGCUGUUGGCAUGGGGCGGCAGUUCCUGCACCUCUCCCAAGAACAUCACUCAUGCCCUGCUUCCGGCUGAAGAAACGGAGGUUGAGAAGUUGCAGGCAUCGGUUAAUCUUGCCAACUCCGGCCAUUGCGAAAACAGUUUGGUUGGGGGCGAUUAUGCGGGGCUUUCAUCGAGUUGGGCGUCGAGGCAACAACGGCUACAAAAUAGGUCGGAGCACUGGCGACAGCACGAGGCGGAGGCGUGGCGACGAAAGUACGAGCAGGCUGUCUCCGCGAGGUCUCCGGCGGUGACAAUAAAGAUGCCCCCAGUAACAAAAGGGACCGCGCUACAGAAUUGCGGUGAUGAUGCCGAUAAGGCCAACUGCGGGAGUGGUGGUGUAAUCAGUGACGCAGAAUAUUGUGGUGAUGCACCAGAGACGCGUAGCAGACGGUUCGGCUCACUAGCUACUCGGCGACUGUGCCGGCAAGACGUGGAAUCUACAAGGCGUGAGGACGACGAGACGGCCGUUCCUCUUUGGCAGACAUUCUUAGGCAAUGGAAGCCCAUGA